GCAUUGAUACCAAUCCCUUUACCAAAAUUAAUUGUGCAUUUUGCUGCGUUGCAUUAUGAUCAAAUGAAUUCAGUGYGCGCUGAGUGCACUCCAUCGAUUGGACAGUGCUGUCUCCAUUCCGCGGGCAUGCGAGGUUUGCUUUUCAGUCAUCUUCAUUAUCAGGAAAUGUCAAUAUAUGUUGUUUAAACACAAGAUGUGACUGUAGUAUAAAGGCUACUUUACGUCACCSGUCAAUUCGAUUUAUCUGUAAUCAGCAGCAGGCAACGAAAGUUAGGCGAGUCAAGACUUUCACCACCACUUUCCAGUGGAAAGCGCUCCAGCGGCUUUGGGAUCGAGACAGCCUACUCAAACGCAUGGAUUUCUUUGGGAUAUUUCAAACGACGGAUGGAGCUUUUUGGAAGUAAGGUCGAGGACAUAAUCUACACAAUAUUACCAACAGGAACGACAUUUUUCUUGAUUCUUACAUUGACACGUUUGUGCAUUGGAUAUGGGUCAGUUCACACCGUGAAGAUUCUGCCAGAGCAGACCCGGUAAAGGGGAAUUCACUCAGCAACCCGGAGAAUUGAGCCGAGUGGCCUGAAGCCUCUGACACGAAUCAACCAACCCCCCCUCCACCCCAAAGGGAAGAGAGAGAUUAAAAACUCCUGAUCGACGUGGAGGGAGAGAGUAAGAGAAGGAGGGAGAGAGAGAGAGAGGGGGAAAAAAGAGCUUAUCAUUCACCUUUGCUCUUCUUAAUGCCCCCUGUGAGGGAUCGCCAUAGGCAGGGUGGUGAGUAACAGCGGGCAGAGGAGUAGCUGCCCACCACACUAGUCAGACCAUGGAGUGAGGAGAAUAGAAGGAAAGAAAAAGAUAAGAAAAGAAGAGGAUAUAUCCUUUGAAGAACCAAACUUAGAGCAAAGCAACGAGACACGUCACCUGUUCUGUGCCCACCGCUUCGAAAGGUAUUAUUAAGAUUAACCCCCAUGACAUAAAGUAGUGUUCUCUGUGUUCCUGAUUCCGCUGGGUUCUAGAGUGUGUCUGUAUUCGUGUCUGGGCUGUGGUCAUGGUGUCUCAGCUCCAGGGGUGUGCUUUGCAUCGGACAGACAGGCUAUGUCACAGAGGCAGCCUGAUCAGGCUCUUACUUCUCRUCUACUGCUCUCUCAUGACCGCCCAGGCUGCCAAACCCAAAGGCCCGGGCGGCACACACCUCAACUCCAUCCGCAUCGACGGAGACAUCUCCCUGGGAGGCCUGUUCCCCGUGCACGCCAGGGGCAACGAAGGCAAGGCCUGCGGGGAGCUGAAGAAGGAGAAGGGGAUCCAUCGUCUGGAGGCCAUGCUGUUCGCCCUGGACCGUAUCAACAACGACCAUUCUCUGCUGCCCAACAUCACGCUGGGAGCACGCAUUCUAGACACGUGUUCCCGGGACACCCACGCCCUGGAGCAGUCGCUUACCUUCGUCCAGGCCCUCAUCGAGAAGGACGGGACGGACGUCAAGUGUCUUGGCGGGGGAGCACCCAUCAUCACCAAGCCUGAGAGGGUAGUGGGAGUCAUUGGAGCCUCGUCCAGCUCUGUGUCCAUCAUGGUGGCCAACAUACUGCGGCUCUUCAAGAUCCCCCAGGUGAGUUACGCUUCCACGGCCCCGGAGCUGAGCGACAACACACGUUAUGACUUCUUCUCGCGCGUGGUGCCCCCAGACACCUACCAGGCCCAGGCCAUGGUGGACAUCGUCAAGGCCAUGCGCUGGAACUACGUCUCCACCGUGGCGUCAGAGGGCAACUACGGAGAGAGCGGCGUGGAUGCCUUCAUACAGAAGUCUCGAGAGGAUGGAGGUGUGUGCAUCUCUCAGUCGGUCAAGAUUCCCCGGGAGGCGAAACCGGGAGAGUUUGAUAAGGUCAUUCGCAGACUAAGAGAAAACCCAAAUGCAAGGGUGGUCAUUAUUUUCGCCAAUGAGGAUGAUAUCAGGCGGCUACUCCAAGCAGCCAAGAAGGCCAACCAGACUGGCCAUUUCAUCUGGGUGGGCUCAGACAGCUGGGGCUCAAAGAUCUCUCCAGUGUUACACCAGGAGGAGAUGGCAGAGGGAGCAGUCACCAUCCUGCCCAAACGCCAGUCCAUCAGAGGGUUUGAUCGUUACUUCAUCAGCCGCACACUGGAGAACAACAGGAGGAAUAUCUGGUUUGCUGAGUACUGGGAGAACAACUUCGCCUGCAAGUUAAGCCGACACGCUUUGAAGAAAGGGUCCGGGCUGAAGAAAUGUACAAAUCAGGAGCGGAUAGGAAGGGACUCCAACUACGAGCAAGAGGGGAAGGUGCAGUUUGUUAUCGAUGCAGUGUAUUCCAUGGCCCAUGCGCUGCACAACAUGCACAGGGAACUCUGUCCGGGGAAGGUGGGCCUUUGCUCCAGGAUGGAUCCCAUCAAUGGCACUCUACUGCUCAAACACAUCCGCAUGCUCAACUUCACAGGCAUAGCUGGCAACCCAGUGCUCUUCAAUGAGAAUGGAGAUGCCCCUGGUCGCUAUGAGAUUUAUCAGUACCAGAUCAGAAACAGAACAGCUGAGUACAAAAUCAUCGGCCACUGGACCGAACAGCUCUAUCUAAACAUCCGAGCAAUGCACUGGCCAGGUGGAGGUCGUCAGAUCCCUUACUCCAUCUGCAGCCACCCCUGCCAGGCCGGAGAGCGCAAGAAGAUAGUGAAGGGCAUCCCUUGCUGCUGGCACUGCGAGCGCUGCAACGGCUACCAGUACCAGUCAGACACCUACAGCUGCAAGAUGUGUCGCUUUGACCUGCGUCCCAACGAGAACCACACUGCCUGCCGUCCCAUCCCCAUUGUCAAGCUGGAGUGGAGCUCCCCAUGGGCCAUCAUCCCUGUCCUCAUCUCCGUGGCGGGCAUCAUGGCCACUCUGUUCGUGGUGGUCACCUUCAUCCGCUACAACGACACACCCAUCGUCAAGGCGUCAGGCCGCGAGCUCAGCUACGUUCUGCUGACUGGUAUCUUUAUGUGCUAUGCCACCACCUUCCUCAUGAUAUCUGCCCCUGAUGUUGGCAUCUGCUCCCUCAGACGGAUCUUCCUGGGUCUGGGGAUGAGUAUCAGCUACGCAGCCCUGCUCACCAAGACUAACCGCAUCUACCGCAUCUUCGAACAGGGAUCGAUGUCGGUGAGCGCCCCCAGGUUCAUCUCCCCAGCCUCCCAGCUGGUCAUCACCUUCAGCCUGACUUUGGUGCAGCUACUGGGGGUGUGUAUCUGGUUUGGGGUAGACCCGUCUCAGGCCAUCAUCGACUACGAGGACCAGCGCACGGCCAAUCCGGACAUGGCCCGUGGCGUGCUCAAAUGUGACAUCUCUGACCUUUCACUGAUCUGCCUGCUGGGUUACAGCAUGCUGCUCAUGGUCACCUGCACGGUGUACGCCAUCAAGACCCGGGGGGUGCCGGAGACCUUCAACGAGGCCAAGCCCAUCGGCUUCACCAUGUACACCACCUGUAUAGUCUGGCUGGCCUUCAUUCCCAUCUUCUUUGGCACCUCCCAGUCCACAGAAAAGAUGUACAUCCAGACCACCACGCUGACCAUCUCCGUGAGUCUGAGUGCCUCUGUCUCUCUGGGGAUGCUCUACUUGCCCAAGGUCUACGUGAUCCUCAGGCACCCGGAGCAGAACGUGCCCAAACGCACGCGCAGCCUUAAGGCCAUGGUCACUGCCACCACCAUGUCCAACAAGUUCAACCCCAAAGCCAGCCUACGUCCCAAUGGAGAGGCCAAGACUGAGCUGUCUGAGAGCCUGGAAACACAAGGUGAGUUAAAAGCUUUCGCCACAAAGCAGACAUACAUCAGCUACAGCAACCAUGUCAUCUAGGAGAGGAAGGCCUUCGUCGUUGUUCUGGAUGGUCACCUCGUGGCGGGUGAAAAUGUUCUUAUGCAGUGGAAUGAAAUGGGAAAUAGAGGAAGAAAAUGGACAUGGGACAUAUUGUGAGGAUCACUAAAGGAUUUCCCAGGGAAUAGUCAUAAUAAAGGAAAGAGAGAAGACCACACAGAGAUGCAGAGAGGGACCCUCAAGGGCCCAACAGAACAGAUACAGUAUAAUGGUGAUGUUCCAUCUUGUCGGCCAUGACAGACAAGGCCAACACUUCCCCCCUGGCAGAGACCGGAGAGGACAUGAUGCGGGAUGAGGCUUCUCCUCCCUUCUCGUUGUUUGCAUUGCAGCUUUAUUCUCUCUCUCUCUCUCUCUCUCUCUCUCUUUUUUUCUUUCUUAUCUUAUCUUGAGCCGACCGGACUGACAUGCAAUCCAAUUGAAAGAAUCUGUUCAGGUGUGUGUGAUGCAAGGUUGUAGUCUGCCAGUAUUCUCAUCAGUAAGGGACAUUGCUCUCAAUGCUUCAGGAAGUUGCAGAGCCACCAGGAUGAGAGUAAUCAGUCUUUUAUUUCAAGGAGGAUUUUAAGUUAUGUAAUUGUUUUAUGUUGUUUGUUUUUUUAAAGGUAUUCCAGUUUAAAAAGAAAAGACUGGAUGAAAGAAACAAUUCCAACAAUGCAGGAUAAUUGUACGCCAUCAUAUUUUGGUUGUUUUUGCCUUUCCUGUCUUCAUUGAGUUGACCCAAAAAAUUAUAAUGAUGUUGACAAAAAAAGACUAUGGUCAUUACUGAUUUUGAGCAUGCCAGUUUGAACAUCCUGUGUUGUGUUGUAAAAAAAUAUUUGGAAUGCGUUCAAACUCUGUUGCAGUGUCGUUUCUAUUAUAUGUAAAUUCCAAACUGGUGAAGGUCUAGUGAGUGAUCUUUGUUUCCUUGUGUGAGGUGAGGCCCUGAUCUGUGUUACCAGCUAACCAAAGGCUGCCACUGUCCUCGGCCCACUUUGCUCAUACUUUAAUACUGUAACUCCAGACUAAAACAAAGAGUCUCUCAGUAAAAAUAGAGAGGUGUCAUGGUGGACUGAACACAGAGGUGCAGAAUGCCUCAAGAUAAACACGUAAUAUUCAAUAUCUGUAAGUUUGAUUAAAUAUUAGCACUUCACUCCACAUACUGUUCUCAUGGACAAUAACCUUCAAUCUGGAUAACAACACAAAACAAAUUAUAAGGCUAGAGAAAUGUAUUGACCAAUAUCACCAAUACAAUCAACACCAAAACAUGUCGGAGAGUAAGCAUGGAAUACCAAUCCCCAAAAGAAUAUGAGACUCCUUGACGGACACAGACGAUUUAUGCUUUUCAGCACCGGGAAUGGUAAGUGUAGAAACCGACUUGCUAAAGUCGAUAAAUGAUAAACUGGGUAUACUAGAACUAGUCAGUAAAGAUAUAAAAGGAGUUGAAGACCUCGAGAUGAGUGACGAAAAAGCUGCGACAACGGAGAAAGACACAAACAAGCUAAAAUGUACAGUCAAUACAAUUGAAACGGACGUUAAAGAAGUUAWAAAGGAGAACAUGUUUCUGAGACAAGCCUUACUUGAAAUACAGACUAGAUCUAUGAGAGCAAAUCUGGUACUUACUGGUAUCAAAGAAAAAGAGGGUGAAGAUCCUGAAAGUGUGGUGAAAUAAUUAUUUAUUGAAGAGCUACAGAUCCCAGGCGAUACUGUUAACAAAAUCAAACUCUAACGUGUAUACAGUUUAGGACAGAGAGGACAGAGAUAUAAGCACCCAAUCAUUGCCAAAUUUGCAUUCUUCCAAAAUAUAAUAAAUGUUAAAAGCCUAGGUGGAAGACUCACUGGCACGAAAAUAGGCAUGAAUGAUCAGUUCCCGAAGAAAAUUGCAGAACGGCGUAGUUUAUCUCGUCAUCGAUAAACUGUAUAUUGAUAACCAAUUAUUCCGAGACACCAAGACCACUCCAUGGCUAUUCUAAAUAUUACAAAGUUCCCAUAGAGGAGUACAAUAACMGAACACCCAAUACUAUCCAUGGUAGGGAUUGUAAUACAUUUAUUUGGGAAACUAGUCUCUCAGGCUGCAAGAGGCCCUAUAGUGAGAUACCAUCGAUGACCCCCAUCCAUUUCCAACAGCUAUCCUCCCGGUCAAACAAAGGUACAGCUAAGUUGUACACAUCCAAAUCCAUUAAAUGGGGAGUAAAGUAUCCCCAGGGGAGUAUGCCACACAGUAGUCAUCCACCCAAGAUGAUAUCCAUAAUGGAUAAAACAGUGGUUGAGACUAAAUCAUAAAAAACUAAAUUAUCUCUGAGGACUGUGUCCUGUUUUGUAAAAUGCUUCAGCGAUAUACUAGUAUACUAUAUGACCUCAAGCUGCAGAAAGGAAUCUACUCAAAACAAAAUGCCAAAGGAUCCAGUAGUCCUUUCAGGCGCCAUCACUUCUCUGAAUAAAUACAUCAGAAGUGGCUGUAAAACUGAACAGUUCUUUAGUUUUUUUAUUUUAUAUUGUGAGGUCAUUUGUGAUGUGAACUCAACGCUGCUUUUCCAUUAACCUCUGUAUUACUAAAAUAAUAAAAUAAUGUGAGUGCUGACCAAAUGAAAUGGCAAGUUAAUGUACGUUAUUAAAUAGAUUGAUGAUGUCCGCUUUUAUGUCUUGACAAAUCUAAAAAGGGAAAAAUGUGAACAAAAAAGAAACAGUGCCUGGCUAUCUGACUACGUAUUUGUAAAACCUAUUGAAAAGUAAUGAAGUGUGUGGAGCAUGUCCAGUAAAAAAAAAAAAUACAA